CUUCUUUCCCCAGUUUUCGUUCUAUCAUCCCAAGGUAAGAAAAGAGAGAAGCAGAAGCAAUAGCAAAAGCCAAGUCUUUAAAAAGACUCACCCGUGUAAACUCCCCUCUCCUCUUCCUCAAUACGAUCUGAAGCCAAAAUUUACAGCAAAAGAUCAAAAGGGUACAGUUCAAAUUCAAUCAGCAUGAAGAGGUAUGCUUGCAUUUCCCUCUUCCUUCAAUUUUUCUUAGUUUAUGGGGAUGAUAUGAGCAUCAUGUUCAAUCUCUCUAAGAAUCUCCCUCCAUCAUCAAACGGCAAGAUUUGGAACACGACCAAUCAAAAACCCUGUAAUUGGACCGGUGUCAGUUGUAGCUCAUCAACCCCUGUUCAUGUAACUGGCCUCUCACUCUCAGGCUUUGGCCUUACAACUUCAUCUACUCAUAAUUCCUCUGCUCUUGCUUUCUUCAAGCUUAUUUGCGAGCUUAGCUCUCUCCAGUCUCUUAAUCUUUCAUUGAACUCCUUUUCUUUUAUACCCUCCUCAUCCUUCUUCUCAAAUUGCAGCGGGCUUAGUCGAUUGAAAACAUUGGACCUGAGUGAUAAUUCCAUUGAAGGUCCCAUUCCUUUGUUUGUUGGUGUUGAGGUGUUGCUUCUGUCAGGAAAUAAGUUCUCGGGGGAAAUACCCAAUUCCAUAUCUCAGUUAAAGAACCUCACCGCAUUGGAUCUCAGCAUGAAUAAUCUAUCUGGGUCCGUUCCAGAUGAGAUUGGGGAGCUCUCUAAGUUAGAAACUCUCAUCCUUUCUUCGAAUAAUCUCACGGGGAAAAUUCCUAGUAAUCUUUCCUCAAUCCGGAGCUUGAGGCGGUUUGCUGCCAAUCAAAAUGGAUUUACUGGCUUGAUUCCUGAUGGGCUCACUAGACAUCUGAACUUUUUGGACCUCAGCUACAAUUCUCUUGGUGGGCGGAUCCCGUUGGAUUUCCUAUCAUCUCCUACUUUAGAGUACGUUGAUUUGAGCUGGAAUCACCUUGAAGGAGCUAUCCCCAGAGACAUUUCUCAAAGUCUUUUCAGGCUCCGGCUCGGGGGAAAUAAGCUCACAGGGAAAGUUCCUUCAUUGUUUCAGCAAAGGUCUAACCUGACCUAUCUAGAGUUGGAUACCAAUCAAUUGGAUGGAGAAAUCCCCUCAGAAUUGGAAAUUUGUCAGAAAUUAACACUUCUAAAUCUUGCCAGUAAUCAGUUAAAUGGUAGUUUACCAAAGGCAUUGGCUAAUCUUAGUCAGCUAGUGAUCAUGAAGCUUCAAGAGAACAGUCUGAGCGGAGAGAUUCCAACUGAAUUUUCUAAGCUGGGGAACUUGAUCACGUUGAAUCUUAGCCAUAAUUCCCUCAGUGGGGAAAUACCUUCAUCGAUUUCAAGCUUAUCGAAACUCUCUAACCUAAACCUGGCGGUUAAUAAGCUUUCUGGUCCAAUACCGAGUAACAUUAACGAGUUGAGCUAUCUGAUAGAACUACAGCUAGGUAACAAUGAUCUUAUUGGAACAGUUCCAAGAAUGCCGAAUAGCUUGACUACAGCGCUUAAUCUCAGCAACAACCAGUUAAGUGGACCGAUACCUUCACAUUUGGGUUCUUUGGGGCAAUUGGAGAUUCUUGAUCUCUCGAAUAACAAUUUCACAGGCGAGGUUCCAGUUUCUUUAACUCAAAUGCAAAGCUUGACUCUACUUGUGAUAUCAAAUAAUGAUCUAUCUGGAACUCUUCCAAAAUUUCCUCAUUUUGUUAAUGUCACUUAUUCUGGGAAUAAUGGCCUUGUAAAGCCAGAAGCAGUGCCUACUUCUCCAGAGAAGAAGAAGCCAAAUACGGUGUUAAUCAUCAUAGUGAGCAUUGUUAGUGCUAUCAUUGGAGUUGGUCUAUUGGCUGCAUUUUGUUUCCUAGUGAUCGCCAAGAGACUCUACCGGGUGGAGGACGUAGGUCUACAAUUAGAAGAGAGCCCCCCUCAAAUUAUUAACAGUUGUUACAUAACCUCCGAUAGCAUCCAUAAAUCAAAUAUUGACUUUAGCAGAGCCAUGGAAGUGGUUAGCAAUCCAAGCAACUUAACAUUGAAGACGAGGUUCUCUACUUACUACAAGGCCAUUAUGCCUAGUGGCAUGAGCUAUUGUGUUAAAAAACUCAACUCAGGCGAGAAAAUUUUCCAAAUGGGGGGCAACGAGAGAUUUGGGCAAGAAUUGCAGGUUCUUGGGAGAUUGAGCAAUUCGAAUGUGAUGGUACCGUUAGCAUAUGUUUUGACACGAGAUAGUGCGUAUCUCUUCUAUGAGGAUGUGCAUAAAGGAACAGCCUUUGAUUUCCUUCAUAAAGACUCAGGAAGUGCUUUGGAUUGGCAGUCUCGAUACAGUAUAGCACUUGGAGUAGCUCAAGGGCUUACUUUUUUACACGGGUGUACUCAGCCAGUUCUUCUAUGGGAUUUAUCGUCGAAGACCAUACACUUGAAGUCAAUGAGGGAGCCUCAAAUCGGUGACAUUGAGCUCUCUAAAGUUAUUGAUCCUUCUAGAAGCACUGGAAGCCUUUCUACUGUUGCUGGUUCUGUUGGAUACAUUCCUCCAGAGUACGCUUACACAAUGAGGGUUACAGCAGCUGGCAAUGUGUACAGUUUCGGGGUCAUCUUACUGGAGUUGCUGACUGGAAAACCGCCAGUAAGUCAAGGGACGGAGCUAGCCAAAUGGGCUCUUAGUUUCUCAACCAGGGUGAGUCACAGUGAACAGAUUCUUGAUUCUAGGGUUUCUAGUACUUCGCCUGCAGUCCAUAGCCAAAUGUUGUCGGUUUUGAAGAUUGCUUUGAGUUGCGUCAGUUUAUCUCCUGAAUCGAGGCCUAAAAUGCGAAAUGUGUUGAGGUCGCUAUUUAAUGCGAGGUAAAUAUGGCACAUAUUGAGGAAAUUACAGUUGAAAGAUGUUGGUGAUUACGAAAUUUGUGAUGUGGGGAGUAGAUAAUUGGUUAUGUUCUCUAGUUCAGCAUCGUUGAAUAUGGGUGCCUUGUACUAUAUAGCUUUACACAAGUCUUGUUCCUCAAUUUGAACUGGUUUUUUCUUUCAAAUUUUGUAAAAUAUAGAAAUGCAGGAAAGAAUA